AUGACGAUCAUCGAAAUUGAAGUGAUAUUCGACUUUGUCUGUGCGUGGUGCUACAUUGGCAAGCGCAAACUAGAUCACGCCAUCUCGCUCUACCAAAAGACCUACCCAGGUGGAAAGAAGGACGCCUUCUACAUCACGUGGAAGCCAUACUAUCUGCACUAUAACCCGCAUCCUCACAGCGUCGAUAAGAGCGAGGUGGCGAAAUUCAGGUUGAGCGACAUGUCGCCAGAAAGGCAAGCUGCAUUGACACAGCGAAUGGAGCAGAUUGGCCGCUCCGUCGGCGUCAAUUUCAAGUGGGGAGGCAAGAUCGGCCCUGGCACGCGUGAUGCGCAUCGACUUGUGCGUUUGAGCCGGCCGGAAGACGCCAGUGUGCAGAGUGCAUUGAUCGAUGGUCUCUUUGCGGCGUAUCACGAGCUUGAGCGGGACAUUUCUGACACCGAAAUUCUUCAAAUGUUGCGACUGGCGCUGGUAUGA